AUGGGUUGGUUCGGUUCAGACAAGCCCAAUGCCCCCGAGGCACCAAAGGCAUCCGGCGAUGGUGGUUUCAUUGCGCCCGACCGCACAAAGCGUGCACACUGCUGGGAGGCUCGCGACGCUUACUUUGCCUGCCUCGACAAGAACAACAUCAUCGACAGCGUGAAGCAAGCUGAGAAGGCAGACAGUCUCUGUGCGACUGAGUCGACCAAGUUUGACCAGAACUGUGCUUCGAGUUGGAAGCGAAGAGUCAUGGAAUACCAGCGCGACCAGACACUUAAGAGACUACAAGGCGAAGGUGCCAGCGACAUUGCCGUUCAGCAAAAGUAA